AUGGCUGUAUUGAGCAUCAUCGCCGUCAACUACGAGGCGCGCGCGUGCGGCGUGACUCGCGGCAUGCGUGGCGAUGAGGCGCGCCGCCUCUGCCCUGAGCUGGUGGUGUUCCGCGUGCCCGAGGUGCGCGGCAAGGCCGACAUCAAUCGAUACCGCGAGGCUGGCCGGCGCGUGAUCGACUCCCUGCGACCCUUUACUGAGCGCCUGGAGCGGGCCAGCGUGGACGAGGCGUACGUGGAGCUGACGGCCGAGGCGGCGGCGCGGCUGGCCAGCGGCCCGCUCGCGCCCGAGCACCUGGCCAACACGUUCGUGGUCGGCUAUGGCGGAGACGAGAAGACUGAGGAGUGCCGCAAGGCAGAGGUGGAGGCGUUUUUAGAGUCCGUGAACUCAGAGUUCGCAUCGCCAGGUGACCGGCUCCUGGCGGCGGGUGCUGCCAUCUGUGAACAAAUGCGCAAAGCUGUGCAUGAUCAGACCGGCUACCGAUGUUCGGCUGGCAUCGCACACAAUAAGGUUCUGGCGAAGCUGUGUGCCGGCAAGAACAAGCCAAACCGGCAGACUAUUCUACCCCAUGGUUCCGUUGCGCAUCUCUACUCGAAGCUACCCGUUAAAAAGGUGCGUCUGCUGGGCGGCAAGCUGGGAGACGCCGUGACCGAGCAGCUGGGCUGCGAGACCAUGGCCGACCUGGGCCGGCUGUCGCUGGCGCAUCUGCAGGCGGCGUUCGACGAGAAGACCGGGGCGUGGCUGUACCAGCUGGCGCGCGGCUUCGACUCGGAACCCGUGGCCGACCGCCACCUGCCCAAGUCGAUCGGCUGCAGCAAGAACUUCCGCGGCCCGGAGGUGCUGCGCACGCGCGCCAAGGUCAAGCACUGGCUCGCCCAGCUGGCCUCCGAGGCGAGCGAGCGGCUCAAGAAGGACAGGGAGGCGAACCAGCGUACGUCUCGCUCGCUGACGGUGUACGUGACGACGGAGGCGGGUCGCCACGUGAGCCGCGCAUGCGCACUCACCGGCUACGACGCCGACACCAUCGCCGCCGACGCGUUCGUGGCGCUGGGACGGCUGAACACGGCCCGCGACGGCGACCAGGCCUGGGUGCCGCCCCUGAUCAACCUGGGCAUCUCGGCCGGCAAGUUCUCGGAGGUGCCAUCGGCCGCGUGCGGCAGCAUCGCCGCCAUGUUCUCGCGGCUGCCGACGCCCGCCCGUGCCGGGGAGGCGGCGACGACGGCGGAGGAGCCGGCGGCAGGUGAAGGCGAGCAAGAGGCGUCGGGCGUGGACCAGACAUCCGCGGGCGACGGCGGCACCGCAGCCGAGGCCGAGGACGAGUCGGCGGAGGCAGGCGAGAUCGCGCUCGAUGCGGAGGGGGCGCCAGGGUGCGCCGAGGUGGCCGCUGAAGAGCGCUCGGCCGAUGCCGGCGAGGUCUCAGAAGCUGCCGGUGGUUCCGCAGCCUGCCCGGGAAAGCGGCCGUCCGAGGCGUCCGACUCGGAGCACGCGUCCAAGGUCGCCAGAACGGUGCAGCCGGGCGGUCCGGCCGGCCCGUCGGUGGAUGGCGACGACGGCUCGUCCUCCGCCCAGCAGCUGUCCUCUGUCGGGUCGGGCGAGGCCGCCGGCGCGCCCCGCUCCGGCUUCUUCGCGCGCAAGGAGCAGCAGAUCCGGGCGCAGCUGGCCGCAGCCGCCGCGGCCGCCCGCGUGUUCGCGCUGGACGCUGACGCCGUCGACGCGGAGACGCUGGCCGCCCUGCCGCCGGACAUCCGCGAGGAGGGCGGCACCGCCGGCCCGGACGCGGCCGCCUGUCCGCGCUGCGGCGUGCCCGUCUCGCCGUGGGAGCUGCCCGAACAUCUCGACUACCACGUGGCGCUGGAGCUCAAGGUCGAGACGCUGAGGAAGGCCGGAGAAGUGCGCAGCAUCGACGCCUUCUUCAAAUGA